AUUAGCUUUCGCAUGCCUAUAUAGAUCAUACUUAGAUACAAGCUCCAGCUUCUUCCCGGCCACAACAGUCAGCGGAGCUACACACCAUGGCUAUGACUCCAGUCGAAUAUAAGUUUGAAAGGCAUGAACACAAGCGUAAAAAGAAGGAAGAUCAACCAGCUCUUGACGUGAACCCUAAAAGAAAACAAGUCGAAGAUCUUAUUUCGGCAGCGGCCAAUGCGAUCAAAGUAGCCAUAGAAAGUGAAAAGGAGGUCCAGCUGGGUGGCAACGCCUCUGAAGGUGAGACCGUUCGCUUGGGAGCACUUACGGUCUCGUCUCUUGUCGCUAACAUUGAAGUUGAGACCUCAGGGCCCGGCAAGGAAGUUGAAAAACACCAUCUGAAGAUUAGUUUGAGCGGGAAACCUAUGGACUCACCAACAGUGGAAUGGAGUUACCCUGGUAAUGGUCAAGGGAUGCAUUCAAAGAAGGCUAACGUCUCAACUGAGGCCAGUAAAAUGGAGGGUUCCACCUCUUCCCAAGCGGAAGGAAAGGAAAAACACAAGGACGCCCCGAAUGCCCACCUGGAGGACAUGAAAUGAUGCCGGGCUUCAAACUGCGCUCUGAAUUUUGCCCCUUCACUUACAAUGUGCUAAUAAGCCAGCGUGCAUGCAUGAUCAAGCAAACCAGUACUUGUAUUUAUAGUUUUGUCAACCCCCGCCAUUCAACUUUGUCAACUCCUCGAUACAAUGAUGCUUGGCAAGACUUGAUUCAAUCAAUAUGUUCUUGUGGUUUGCUUA